GUUAUAGUCAAGCCCCCGGCUGCUAUAAACCGGCUCAUUUACCUUAUUUCCAUACCGACAAACCCACUAUAAAGCCAUUUUAUAACCUACACCACUGCUAUCAGUACGUGUAAACAGUUGCAUCCAUAUAACAGGGCAGACAGUCAAGUAAAAAUACUUUAAAUCUAAAAUGGAAGGAAACACAGACAAACCUAAUGAUUUCCCCAUAGAAAAUCUUCCAUACGGCGUCUUUACCGGCCCUCUUAAUGAAACUGUGAAACAUAUUGGAGUUGCUUAUCGAGAUCUUAUUAUAGACUUAAAUCACAUCGCUAACUACUUUGAUGGGCCGCUUCUGAAGGAUCAACAACAUGUUUUUAAGCAAGAGAGCCUCAACGCUUUCAUGGGCCUUACCAGAGCACACUGGCUGGAAGCGAGGGAAACUAUCCAGAGACUCAUCAGAACUAACGUUUUACAUACAGGUCCUCACAGUAAACGGCCCACUGUCCAGAUGAGGUUCGUUAAGAUGCACCUUCCCGUGGAAAUCGGUGACUACACCGACUUCUAUUCGUCCAUCCACCACGCGACCAACGUGGGCAUCAUGUUCCGCAGCAAGGAGAACGCGCUCAUGCCCAACUGGAAAUACCUGCCGGUGGGUUACCACGGACGGGCAAGCUCCAUCGUUGUUUCAGGAACACCCAUAACUAGGCCAUAUGGACAAACAUUGCCGGUUGAAGGAGCCGCUCCGCACUUCGGCCCGUGUCGUCUCAUGGACUUCGAGCUGGAGAUGGGCUGCUUCGUCGGAGGCCCGCCCACCGCCUUGGGUCAACGCGUUACUGCCCAGGAAGCAGAGGACAGGAUCUUUGGAUUCGUGCUUAUGAAUGACUGGAGUGCCCGUGACAUUCAAAAAUGGGAGUACGUGCCUCUAGGGCCUUUCACGGCAAAGAACCUCGGCACCACCAUAUCGCCGUGGAUAGUCACGGUGGAGGCGCUCCGGCCUUUCAUCUGCGAUAAUUACCCGCAGGACCCUGAACCCUUCCCGUAUCUCAAGCACAACGAUAACUUCAACUUUGAUAUCAAGCUCGAAGUGGAUUUAAAGCCGGAGGAAUCCUCAGCUUACACAACGAUUUGCCGGUCAAACUUCAAAUACAUGUACUGGACUGUAAAGCAGCAGCUGGCACAGCAGACGAUCACCGGCUGCAACUUGAAGCCUGGAGACUUGCUUGGCUCUGGAACCAUCAGUGGGGAAACACCGGACUCGUACGGAAGCAUGUUAGAGCUCUCCUGGAAGGGCACCAAGCCGCUCCGCUUGCUGAACGGACAAGAGCGUAAGUUCCUUCAAGAUGGCGACACAGUCGUACUUCGUGGGUACUGCGACAACGGUCAGCUACGCAUCGGCUUUGGCAGCUGCGAGGGAAAACUGCUGCCAGCUGUGCCUUUUACUCAAUAAUACUGCCUCAUACUUGCCAAUAUUUGGAACUGAAUUAUUUUUAUUAUAUUUUUGAAAUUUUGUGCCAUUUUAUGAGAACUUAAAUGUAAUUCGUCCUAUACUAUUCUAUCUAUCUACUAUUUGUGUCGCUUAACUUCAAGCUCUGAUAAAUCCAUUCGAUCCGCUUAGGAAUCCUAUCAGUGUCAUUCUACUCCGAUUGAUGGAUUUAUCCGACUUUGAAGUUAAGCGGCUCGUCAUUUAGCACUUACGAAGAAAUACUUAAUUACGCUCUUUUUGUUAGUACAUAUUAUAUAAUUUAAACAUAUUUAAUCACAUUUUUAUAAAUUUAGCUAGAUUUAUAGGAUACUUCUAUAUUCUUUAAUUUAGGGUACCUGGAAUAUUGUUCUUUAUCUCGUUUUGUAUGUUAUUAAUAAAUGCUACGCUGUA